UCGGUUCCGCGGGCGGGCGCCGCUUGCUGGGCGGGCUGCAGCUGCGGGCGCUGACGGCGUGGGUUCGGUGGUGAGGCGGCGGCUGGAGCUGGAAAAGUGAAGGUCUCAACAAAUUGCAGAUCAUGGCUUCUGAUGCUAGUCAUAUGCUUGAAGCAGCUUUGGAACAGAUGGAUGACAUAAUUGCAGGUACAAAGUCAGCUGCAGAAUAUGCUAAUUGUGCUUAUGAUAUUGUGUCCCCUGCUCCAUCAGUAUAUUUGGGCACAUUUCAAAUUUUGCAUCUCCUGGAAGAUCUAAAGAUGGCUUUGGAAAUGUUAGAGGAUCCUCAAGAGAAAGAAGCACUGCGAAAUCAAAUUCCAGGGGCCACAGCAGUAUGUAUACGGGAGUGGUUUGAAGAGAAUCUGUCACAGGUGAAUCAUCAUUCAUCUACUAAUAAUGAAACCUAUCAAGAAAGAUUGGCACGACUAGAAGGCGAUAAAGAAUCUCUCAUACUGCAGGUGAGCGUUCUUACAGACCAGGUAGAAGCUCAAGGAGAGAAAAUACGGGACUUAGAAAUCUGUCUUGAGGGGCAUCAGUUGAAACUGAAUGCUACAGAAGAAAUGCUUCAACAGGAGCUGCUAAGUCGAACAUCACUAGAGACUCAGAAAUUAGAUUUAAUGGCUGAAGUUUCCGACUUGAAGAUUAAGCUGGUUGGCAUGGAAAAGGAACAGAGUGAAUACGAAGAGAAACAGAACAAAGCUGAGUCGGUAGUGAACCUGAUAAGUGAGCUACAGGAGCAGAUGUGUAGACUGCAGCUGGAAAUUAAUAGUAGAAUCCAAGAAAGAAAAUCCCAAGAUAGGAAAUCCAGUGUGACACCUAAUGGUCGUCAGUCUAGCCCAACAUCAGUGGUAGAGACUGUCAGCCAGAAGAAUUGCUCUCACUGUGAUGGUUUGCUACAGGAACUCAGACACCUCAAAAUUAAAGUGGAAGAACUGGAAAAUGAAAGAAAUCAAUAUGAGUGGAAAUUAAAAGCAACUAAAGCUGAGAUAGCCCAGCUUCAGGAGCAAUUAGCUCUCAAAGAUGCAGAAAUCGAACGCUUACAGUGUCAGCUAUCUAGGACCUCAUCACAUAGCGAAGUUGCAGAAAGAGAUCAAGAAGUACAACGGUUGAAGAUAGGAAUGGAAUCAUUAUUGGCUGCAAACGAAGAAAAGGACCGUCGAAUAGAAGAGUUAACACUACUGCUAAGCCAGUAUAGGAGGGUCAAGGAGAUAAUGAUUGCAGCUCAAGGCUCUUCAGACAGAACUGUCUCUGGUGGCAGUGAAGAAGAACUUGAGGCAACUUUAAGGAAGUUGACUGUUUUGAAUAACCCUCAAGGAGAAUUAUUUAAAGCAGAGGCCUCUUCAGGAGAACUGUCACCAGCUCUGCUAUCUCCAGUGACGCACAAAACUACGGAAAUCAGGGUUCCACAGAAAAAAAAGUCAAGUAGCUUAGAAGACUUGCAGAGUGAAUCUCUGGAAAAGUAUGUAGAUGGAAAGCCAGUACAGCCUGUUGUAGAACAAGAGAGUAAGCCACUUGUGAAAGGCAGCAAAUAUCAGACUUUGCCAGGAAAACUUCCUCGACCCAUGCAGAAUGGAGACCAGGGAACAACAUAUAAUGAGUCAAAUUCACCUGACACGAAUGACACUGAGUACAACAGCAUCCUGGGCCUGAAUCGCAUCAGGAGUGUCAGUGCACCCGUGCUAGGAGAAACAGAGAACAUGGACGGUACAGUAGUUUCAGAUGAUCUUUCACCUCUUUCUUUGGGAAUGGAUUCAGGUCCACAGUCUCCGCUGUCUCUAGAAAACAGAAAGAGUCCAAAAGGGAUCAAGAAAAUCUGGGGAAAAAUAAGAAGAACUCAGUCUGGUAACUUCCCUGCAGACGACCUGGGUUUGGCAGAGUUCCGAAGGGGUGGUCUGCGUGCAACAGCUGGACCUCGGUUAUCCAGAUCAAAGGAAACCAAAGGCCAGAAAAGUGACUACAAUGCUCCAUUUGCUCAGUGGAGUACUGAAAGAGUUUGCAACUGGCUUGAAGACUUCGGUCUUGGGCAGUACGUGAUUUUUGCACGGCAGUGGGUGACUUCAGGCCAUACACUGUUAACUGCGACACCUCAGGACAUGGAAAAGGAAAUGGGAAUAAAGCACCCACUGCACAGGAAGAAAUUAGUUUUGGCCAUUAAAUCAAUAAACACAAAACAAGAUGAGAAGUCUGCACAACUCGAUCAUAUCUGGGUGACACGCUGGCUUGAUGAUAUUGGUUUACCUCAGUACAAAGACCAGUUUCAUGAGUCCAGAGUUGAUGGGAGAAUGUUGCAGUACUUAACUGUGAAUGACCUUCUCUUUCUGAAAGUCACCAGUCAGCUGCAUCAUCUGAGUAUUAAGUGUGCCAUUCACGUGCUGCACAUCAACAGUUUUAACCCUCACUGUCUACGCAGACGACCAGUUGAGGAGGUAAAAAGCAAUGUUUCACCUUCUGAAGUAGUGCAGUGGUCCAAUCACAGAGUGAUGGAAUGGCUCAGAUCAGUUGAUUUGGCAGAAUAUGCACCAAACCUCCGAGGAAGUGGAGUGCACGGUGGCCUCAUUAUUCUCGAACCCCGCUUCAACGGUGACACACUGGCAAUGCUGCUGAAUAUUCCACCUCAGAAGACCCUACUGCGACGCCACCUAACAACCAAUUUUAAUGUAUUAAUCGGGCCAGAGACACAGCAAGAAAAAAGGGACAUAACGGAGUCAACAGCAUACACACCUCUGACCACCACUGCCAAAGUUCGGCCAAAGAAACUUGGAUUUUCACAUUUUGGAAAUUUAAGAAAAAAGAAAUUUGAUGAAUCAACGGACUACGUUUGUCCUAUGGAUACAAACCCAGGUGCUACAAAUGGUACUCAGAAGAACUACACUGGAUACAAAGGCCUUAGUCCACUCACUGAUAGGGAACUGGAUCAGAUGGAACACUCAGAAGGAACAGUAAAGCAAAUAGGGGCUUUUUCUCAAGGCAUAAGCAAUCUUACGGUAUGUACCAGUUUUAUUCCUUUUGAAGUCACAAAUGUAUUCUGCUACAACUCAGCGAGAUUUGGGUAUUGCUAGUGGUGGUUAAGAGUAAGUGGGUCACUGCUCUUGUUAUGCACCUCCUUUAUAGCUUGGUUGCAUGCCAUAUGUAUGCAUGGACACUCCAAAAAAAAAAAAAACACUUUUACUAGAAAUUAAGUUUCACUUCAGCAUCUUCUAAGUUUUCACCAAUUUUAUCUCUGUGACACAGUGAGAGGCAUCCCUCCCAAAGACUAGCAAAGAGGUAAGACUUGAAGAUGUACGAGAGAGAAAAUAUCACAGGGAAAUAAAUCACUGUGUACUCCUGACUCCAUGCUGGUCCAUUUUUUUUUAAUUAGUUAAUUGACUGAAGAUGUAUGAACAGUGCCACACACAUCUGUGUGAAAAUUUCUACUUCUGCUAUUUAAAGCAGCCAUUCAGGAGAUUUCUUUUAAUCUUACGUGGCUCUAACCCCCUCUGUUGUGAAUCUGAUCUCAUUACAAUUGGAUUUCUCUAAACUACAGGCCUCUGACUAUGUCUACUUGUUUCAAUAUUGCUGUGAUUUUUUUCAGACAAUGUUAAGCCAAGAUGAAAUGCUAAAUGACAGCAGAUUUUUAACACCUACCUUAGAAGACUGGAGAUGAUAUUUCAGCGUGACCAAGACCACUAAUACCUCAUGCCUGCCUGGGGCAGGCCAGGAGAAGCCUGAUGCUGUGGUACAGAAAAGCUUUACCUCUUUUCCUCUAGUGACACACACCAUAUAGUAUUUAGUAUUGCUAGCAGAGCAACACUUCACAGGUAACUCUCCUCUGCACUCUUUCCAUAUAAUAUAAUGUAAAAGAGGUGCUGAAAGAAGUGCUACACAAUUGUUUCUUAUGCGGAGUCUGGAAAGCCAGUAUGUUUUACCCUUAUAUUUUAUCAUCUUUUACAUGGCAUGUUUAUGUACUGCUAUAGAAAAAGUCUUUUAUAUAUAUUUUUUAAUUUUUAUAAUUAAGUUGUAAUGCAGAAAUCAUUAAUAUUCUAUUAUACCACAUGGACUAAUCAGAGCCACCUAGCAAUUCAGACAGGUGCUGGCAAGGACAGCUGUAAUGGCUCACUAUUACUGCAGCCAGAGAUACUUUCUCAUAGAACGACUGUCACCCCUUUCACUAGAACAUACCCUGCCCUUUUUUUCUGUUGUUCUUCAAUAAGCAUGGUUUAGAAAAGGAAAAAUAAAAUGUAAGAGUUUCCACCAAGCCCUUGCAGGAGGGUGACAAUCAAAAUGGCUUGUAACUCAAAGUACAAUCAAAAUAAUUAAUGCAAAAUAUAACUAAAAUACUAGAAUGAUGCUUGCUGUACUCUGCAACAAAAUUUUCAGUGUGGUUGCUUUAAAUUGUAGGCCUUGAAGCUCAACUGUUGAUAGGGCUUUUUCUGUACUUUCUUGUUUUGUCUAAAAUGGUUAGUACAUGUGGAAGCAUCAGGGUGCUCAUAAGCUUUCUGAACAAUCCACACAGUUCAGAGAGGACACUCUCAGCAUAAUACCUGGUUAAUAAUAAGAUGCAGCACAGGUGUUCAGGAAGACAAGGAAUGACUGUAACACUAUUUUCUUUUCCAUUGUUAAAGCUAAUUAAACAUAUGCCUGCAAACAGCCUUCAGGACUGGAGCUGGUAGCAGAAACUGUAAUAUUUGCAUGAGAACUGGUCAUAUUAUUUUACACUUUCAGUUCUCCUUUCAUUCCAGCUACAGGCAGAUUUUCAUGUAGUGUUUCAUUUAGCAGUGGGAAAUCAAUACUAUUGCUCUGUCACAUGUAAAACAUGACUAGGGCACAUCAAGUACUACAGUAAAGCAAACCUGUUUCUUUUUAACACCUGACAAAAUAGAUCUGUAGCUAUCGUAUGGAGGUAGGUAAGACAGCAGUACUGCAACAGAGGGAAAUGCAGCUCCUGACUACUUACACAAGGGGCAGUUCCAGGGUGAAAGUGUUGUGUUCACAGCUGCUUGUGCAGUCUGAUAGCACAUGCCUUUUAUGUAUUAAUAAGGUAAUUAAUAAGUAACACUAGAUCUUAUACAGAGAAAUGCCAGAAAAGAAAUCUGUCCAAUUGGAAAGAAAAGGCUUUCUAUUAAUAUGCAUGGUUUGCAUUACUUCCUCCUUUCUUGCUACAAGAUGUUGGUUUACCUAUUAAUAUAAGCCCAAGGGUGAGCUACUCCUAGCCACAAACCUUCCAAAAUAAAUGGGAAAUCUCAGGUGCUGUCCAGAGCAUGCCCAAAAUGUUAAAAUUAAGGCUGAUUUUUUUUUUUCAGUCACUGAAGAAUUAAAUAAACAAAAAUCCAAAGGAAUGAUAAAUGAAUCUGAACAUGAACAAACUAAACGUGCCAGUCAGGUACCCCUCUGAUCUGGCAAUGUAGUGGUGCAGUCAGCACUAGUGUGAGCAUAUACUAACAGACACAUGAAAUACCUUGUCAGAUUAACUGAUCAGAUUCAUCCUAGUCAUAAUACUAUAACUGCUCUGGCAGAGGCAGCCUUAGUAUCACUGAGCUAUUCCAAGCAGCUUUCCCUUUUUCUUUUGAGGGAGUAUUUAUAAUUCACUGUAGUGUUAUGCUAAGCUUGAUGUGAAUAUCAUCUUCUUUUUUAAUAUAGUAAGAAAUCCUAGUUAUAACAUAGGCAUACAUGCUUACACCUUUGACUGUUAUGAAUAAAUUCUGAAUAUUCUUCUAUUA